GGGCCCGUCCAUUCUUAUGAACACCGCACGCAUUCCCAGUCUGCCUGGACUUCGCGGCUUUUUAUGAGGCUCUAGGGCUCGUCCUUGGUCCUCCUUUCGUGACCAAUAAAGAGGCUUAACGCGGGGUCUCCUCUUAGCCGUAGUUCACCUGCGCAAUUCAACUGGUUUUCGUGCUUCCCAGUCUAACGUCGCGGCCAGAUCUCUUCAAGGUGCAUAAACUACUGGCUAUUUGAAACUUCUCUUAUAUUGAACCAUAGAAAGAACAAAUGGCUGCGUCAGAAGAGAACAGUGCACUGUUUCCUAUUUUCAUCUUGACUAUAAUGGCUCUGCCUUUAGUUCCCUACACAAUACUCAAGUUGUGCCGUGCAGCCUCCAAAAAAGCAAAGAGCAUCCAUUGCCAGUGUCAUGUUUGCUCUCGUUCAGGGAAGUACCGCAAAUCCAUAUUUAAGCGGAUAUCAAACCUUUCUACAUGUAGUAACCUAACCCUUGUGCUGCUUUGGAUCAUCAUGGCGGGCCUGGUUUAUUACAUCAAACAUAUUGAUCGUGAGGUCCAAGUGUUUGAGCCAUUCAGUAUUCUUGGACUUGAAGCAGGAGCUUCUGAUUCAGAAAUAAAGAAAGCUUAUAGGAGACUUUCCAUUCAAUACCAUCCUGAUAAAAAUCCAGAUCCAGAGGCCCACAAAUAUUUUGUAGAAUUUAUAUCGAAGGCGUACCAGGCUCUGACAGAUCCAAUAUCCCGUGAGAAUUUUGAAAAAUAUGGUCAUCCGGAUGGUCGGCAGGGGCUUCAAAUGGGUAUAGCGCUUCCUCAGUUUCUGUUAAACAUUGAUGGAGCAUCUGGUGGAAUCCUUCUACUUGGGAUUGUAGGAGUUUGUAUUCUUUUGCCCUUGAUGAUGGCUGUUAUAUAUCUCUCAAGGUCAUCAAAGUAUACAGGAAAUUACGUGAUGCAUCAGACGUUGUCCACAUAUUACUACUUCAUGAAACCUUCUCUGGCUCCCAGCAAGGUUAUGGAUGUCUUCAUAAAGGCUGCUGAAUACAUGGAAAUACCAGUUCGUAGGAGCGAUGGGGAACCACUUCAGAGACUGUUUAUGCUAGUUAGGAGUGAGUUGAACCUGGACCUCAAGAACAUUAAGCAAGAACAAGCGAAAUUUUGGAAGCAGCAUCCAUCCCUAGUAAAGACAGAGUUGUUGAUUCAGGCACAGUUGACUCGUGAAUCAGCAGCUCUAUCACCGGCUUUGCAGGGAGAUUUCAGACGUGUGCUUGAACUUGCUCCUCGUCUUCUUGAAGAGCUAAUGAAGAUGGCACUAAUACCACGCACUCCUAAAGGGCAUGGAUGGCUGAGGCCUGCAGUUGGGGUAGUUGAGCUUUCUCAAAGCAUCAUUCAGGCAGUGCCGCUUAGUGCAAAGAAACCAACUGGAGGUUCUAGUGAAGGAAUUGCACCCUUUUUGCAGCUGCCACAUUUCAGUGAAUCUGUGGUAAAAAAGAUUUCACGAAAGAAAGUGCGUACAUUACAAGAGCUUUGUGACAUGACUGCAGAAGAGCGUGCUGAGCUGCUUACUCAUGUUGCUGGGUUCUCAGCAGAUGAAACCCAUGAUGUGGAGAUGGUUCUUGAAAUGAUGCCUUCCAUAACAGUUGAUAUCACGUGUGGGACAGAAGGUGAAGAGGGAAUACAAGAGGAUGAUAUUGUUACAAUGCAUGCGUGGGUGACCCUUAAGCGUCGGAACGGGUUAAUUGGUGCUCUGCCUCAUGCUCCCUAUUAUCCUUUUCAUAAGGAAGAGAACUUCUGGCUGCUGCUAGCAGAUUCUGUCUCAAAUGAUGUAUGGCUGUCCCAGAAGGUUAACUUUGUGGAUGAGGCUGCUGCUAUAACAGCAGCAUCUAAAGCAAUUGAAGAGUCAAAGGAGGGAUCAGGCGCUAGCUUGAAGGAGAUUAGUGCUGCUGUUAAAGAAGCAGUUGAGAAGGUGAAGAAUGGAUCGAGGUUGGUGAUGGGAAAGUUCCAAGCCCCUGCUGAAGGAAAUUACAAUCUGACUUCAUAUUGCUUGUGCGACUCUUGGAUUGGUUGUGACAAGAAGACAGGCUUGAAGGUGAAGGUUUUGAAAAGAAGCCGAGCAGGGUCAAGGAUAGGUCAAAUGGUGGAAGAGGGACCUGCUGUCGAAGACGGGAUUGAGCAGGAAGAGGAGGAAAUUGACGAUGAAUAUGAUGAUUAUGAAAGUGAAUACAGCGAAGAUGAUAAUGAUGAAAAGGGCACCAAGGAUGGCAAGUUGGCCAAUGGGGUUACCCAUGGUAAGGGCAGCAGUUCAAGCUCCGAGGGUUCAGGCACUGAGGAAGACUGAAAAGCUAAAUUUUUUGAUCUCUGUUUCAUCUUCUUUUGGGGAGGGGGCGGCUGCAAGAUAUGAAUUCAAUGUCAUUUUGUUUUACACUAUACCUGGCAUUUGCUUCAUCAACAACAAUUUAUACUUGCCCCAAACCCUCCACUGUACCUUACCUUCACUUCAUAUGAAUAAUCUGGAAUUUAAAUAAAAAUUGGUUAAAAUCGGAAAGCA